AUGGCUCCAAACCUCCAUACAUACUACAAGACGGUCGAUUCCCUUGCUGAGCCUUUCAUCGAUCGACUUCGCCAAGCGGUCGCCAUUCCUUCCAUUUCUGCCGAUGAAGAGAGACGCGAAGAUGUGGUCAAGAUGGGCAUGUUCCUCAAGAGCGAGCUUGAGAAGCUGGGCGCACACGUAGAGGCUCGUCCGUUGGGAAAGCAGCCUCACAAGGAGCACUUGGAACUGCCACCCGCGAUCAUCGGCCGAUACCCUGCGAAGAAGGAUGAGAGCAAGCGGACAAUCCUGGUCUAUGGACACUACGACGUGCAGCCUGCCGACUUGUCAGAUGGCUGGGCUACCGAGCCUUUCAAGUUGAGCAUUGACGACAAGGGCAGGAUGUACGGCCGUGGCAGCACAGACGACAAGGGUCCAGUGUUGGGAUGGCUGAAUGUUAUCCAGUCGCACAAAGAGGCAGGUAUCGAGUUUCCAGUGAACCUGCUCAUGUGCUUCGAGGGUAUGGAGGAAUACGGCUCGGAGGGUCUGGACGAUUUCAUCAUCGCAGAAUGCAAGCCUGGCAAGUUCUUCGAGGACGCAGACGCAGUAUGCAUCAGCGACAACUACUGGCUCGGUACAGAAAAGCCAUGUCUGACAUACGGUCUGCGAGGUUGCAGCUACUACUCUAUCGAGAUUAGCGGACCAGGCCAGGACCUGCACUCUGGAGUGUUUGGUGGUACUGCACAGGAGCCCAUGACUGAUCUGGUACGAGUUAUGGGGAGUUUGGUGGACACGGACGGCAAGAUCCAGAUCCCAGGUCUAUACGAACUCGUUGCGCCGUUGACGAAAGAAGAGCAGAGUCUCUACAAAGACAUUGCAUUCACCAUGGACAACCUGUACGAAUCUCUCGGCAGCAAGACCGGAAUCUACCCAGACAAGGAGCGAACACUUAUGGGCCGCUGGAGAUACCCUUCGUUAUCGCUUCACGGUGUCGAGGGUGCAUUCUCACAGCCAGGCGCAAAGACGGUCAUCCCAGCCAAGGUCACUGGAAAGUUUAGCAUCCGUACCGUACCUGAUAUGGAGCCCCCAGAGGUGGACAAGCUGGUGUUCGCCCAUGUCGAGAAGGCGUUUAAGUCGCUGAACUCUCAGAACAAAAUGAACGUCUUCCUUCAGCAUGCUGGCAAGUGGUGGGUCGCAUCGCCCAAGCACUGGAACUUCACUGCCGCUGCCAAGGCUGUUGAGGAUGUCUGGAAGGUCAAGCCUGAUUUGACCAGAGAGGGUGGCAGCAUUCCAGUCACUCUGACAUUUGAGCAAGCCACCGGCAAGAACGUGUUGCUUCUGCCAAUGGGCAGCUCAACCGACGCCGCCCACUCCAUCAACGAGAAGCUCGAUCGCCGCAACUACAUUGAGGGCAUCAAGCUGUUGGGCGCUUACCUGCACUACGUCGCAGAAGAGCCAACGAAGUAA